UCUCUGCUUACGGUAUCUAUUUUCCCGGGAAUAGCCGCUGUGUUGUUGUACCUAGCUAGCUUGAUUAUGUCGCUUAGGCAGACACACCUGGUGUUGUGUAGAAACGGAACGUUUCUGUUCCUUAUUUUGUACACAGCCUUGCCUAUAUAGCAAGCGUUUGCAUCAACACAAUGCUUCCUGAAUGCAAAAAGUGAUAGCAUAGUGAAAUGUCAGGCGUGUCAACAGAACGCGUAGCAGGUUAGCAUUAGUUUACAAGCUAAUUAUUCAUGACAACCAUAUAAAUGUUGAUUUGACAGGUAUGCUAUGGUUUAUUUAGUUUCAUUUAGAUUUCUUUUACGAAGAAACGAGAAUGGCGACCGUGUAGUUGUGAACAGUGCUGCCGUGUUCCAAUCAGGGAAGCACAAUAGGGGGGUGGAGAAGGAAACGCUGCAGCUUGAUGAAACGAGAAGGAGUGGAGUUGAGGUACUGAGGCCAGCAUUAGGGAGGCAAAUUCUGGUCCGUGCCUCAUCCAGAUGAGGAAUGCUGAAAGCAUGCAGCCUGUGUACAAAAGAGAUGCUGGAGUCUGGCAACAAACAAGAAGUCUUUUGUACAAGAAUCUGCUCAUCAAAUGGAGGAUGCAGCAACAGACUCGUCAGGAAUUGAUCCUACCUCUGCUAUUGCUGUGUCUCCUCAUACUCAUCAGUACCAUGAUUCCUCAUAUUUAUUAUGGAAGCAUCAGCACUGUGGAGCUCGAGUUUAACGACCCCGACAUCAAGGGCCUGGGCUACACACCAGUCACUAACAUCACCAGCCACAUCAUGGAAGAAGUGGCCCAGGAGAUGCUCAUGCGGGAUCGCCUGGAGAUGUUUGCCAGCGAGGAGGACCUGGAGAACGCCAGCCUGUAUGAGCCGUCCAACUAUAUUGGUGUUGUGUUCAUGGACAGCUCUGCCAUGUCUUACAAACUUCGCUUCCCGUACAACGAGCUGCCCCCACCCACUGAUUACACAGAAUCUGUUGCCAACUGCAUGGCCAGUUCAGUGAAGUGCACAGCAGCUAAUUACUGGUACUCUGGCUUCAUCCGCCUCCAGUCGCUGAUUGAUGCAGCCAUCAUCCAGAUGCAGACAAAGCGGUCAGUGAGGAGCGAGAUGGACCUGAAGGUGGUAAUGAUGGGUCAGCCUAGUUCUGUGGAGGUGCAGAAAUUACCCCAUGCCCUCAUCUCCAUCUACCUGGUCCUGGCCUUCACACCAUUUGUCACCUUCCUCAUUGUUAACGUGGUAGCUGAGAAGGAGCACCGUCUCAAAGACGCCAUGACCAUGAUGGGACUCUAUAACACAGCCUUCUGGUUGUCAUGGGGCCUCCUGUAUGCAGCCCUGGUGACCACCAUGUCCAUCCUGAUGGCCAUCAUUGCUACGUACACAGCACUGUUCCCUAACAGUGACUUCUUUGUCAUCUUCUUCCUCAUCUUCCUCUAUGGAAUUUCAUCUAUCUUUUUCUCUUUCAUGCUGACUCCUUUGUUUAAGAAGCCCAAGUUUGCCAGCACAGUGGGCUCCAUGUUGACAGUGGUGUUCGGCUGCCUGUCGCUUUUCACCGUGCUGAUAAAGGACUUCCCACAGUCACUGGUCUGGCUCCUUUGUGUGUUUUCCCCCAGUGCCUUCUCAAUCGGGAUUGCACAGGUGGUGUACCUGGAGGCCCAGGGAGCUGGUGCUGUGUUUUCUUCCCUGGCCAAUGGCCCCCAUCCUCUUUAUGUGCCGCUGAUCAUGCUGGUUCUGGACUGCAUCCUCUACCUUCUGUUGGCAGUGUACCUGGACCAGGUACUGCCUGGUGAGUUUGGGGUGAAGAGGUCCCUGGUGUACUUCCUAAAGCCGUCCUAUUGGUCCAAACACAGAAGGCGCUACGUUGAAGUGAGUUCAGUGUACGACAUGGACGCGAGAAGCACUCUUGGUGGGGACGAAUUUGUCGAGCCGGUUUCAGCUGAGUUCAGAGGGAAAGAAGCCAUUCGCAUCAGUAACAUCCAGAAGGUGUACAAGGAGAAGGGCAAUGUGGUGGAGGCUCUGAGAGGUCUGACCUUUGACAUUUAUGAGGGCCAGAUCACAGCUCUGCUCGGACACAGUGGGGCUGGAAAGUCCACUCUGAUGAAUAUCCUGUGUGGUAUCUGCACACCCACUAGCGGCUCGGCCUCCAUUUAUGGCUCCCCUGUAGCAGAGAUUGCAGAGGGCUCCGAAAUGAAGCGGCUGGUGGGAAUUUGCUCCCAGUUCAACAUCAUCUUUGAUGUGCUCACUGUGGAGGAGCACCUAAGGAUAUUUGCCGCCAUCAAAGGGAUCUUACCAAAAGACAUCGACACAGAGGUUACCAAAGUUCUGAAAGAUCUGGACUUGGAGAAGAUCAUGACGGUUCAGGCAAAGAAUCUGAGUGGAGGCCAGAAAAGGAAGCUGUCUGUGGGCAUCGCUGUUCUUGGAGAUCCCAAGAUCCUGCUCUUGGACGAGCCCACUGCGGGCAUGGACCCCUGCUCCAGACACCAGGUCUGGUCGCUACUGAAGAGCCGCAGAGCCGGCAGAGUCACCGUCCUCAGUACUCACUACAUGGACGAAGCUGACAUUCUUGCUGAUCGCAAAGCUGUUAUCUCCCAAGGACAGCUGAAAUGUGCUGGCUCUUCCCUGUAUCUGAAGGUCAAGUGUGGUGUUGGAUAUCAUCUCAGAAUGUCGAUCAGUGAGGGAUGUCAUGCUGAAAUGAUUACAUCACUGGUCAAACAGCAUGUUCCCAAAGCAAAGCUGUCUCGACAGCACGAGGCAGAGUUGACAUUCACUCUGCCUUUUGAGAGCAGGGACACAUUUCCAGGCUUGUUCUCUGAGCUUGACUCUCAGCCCAAUCUGGGAAUCAACUAUGGGGUUUCCAUGACAACUCUGGAGGAUGUUUUUCUUCGCCUGGAGGCAGAGGCUGAAGUGGACCAAGCAGACUACAGUGUGUUUAAUCGGGAGCAGGCAGAGGAUGAAUGUGACAGCGUCUCGCUGGACGACACAGACCAAAGGCUGCUGAUGUUCGCAGACAAAUCGGACACUCUGUCGGGUUGUGCUCUGUGGCGGCAGCAGUUCAGCACUGUGGCCUGGCUGCACAUGCUCAACAUGGUCAGGGAGAGGAAGGCCUUUGUAUACACUUUGCCUUUGGUCCUGGUGUUUGUUGUUGCAAUGUCCAUCCUGUCUCUGGUCACUGGAAACAUCCAGAUUCACUCACCAGACCAAGAGGUUCUGCCCAUUUACCUCCUCAGAAGGAGUCAGGCACCCCAGAGAUAUGUCACCAGUCUGCUGGUUCAGAACUCCUCAAGCUCUGAUAUUUCAGACUUCCUCCACAACCUGGAGUCUCAGGAUAUCAAAGUGGAAAUGUUGAAACAAAAUGACUACAUGGCUGCAGCUCCCCACAGUGCCGCCAUCAACGUCACAGGAUCCAGCAAGGGUUUCACAUACAGCGUUGCCUUCAACAGCACCACAGUGCACUCCCUGCCUAUGGUGGUCAACAUACUGAGCAAUGCUCUUCUGAGGGGUCUGAAUGGUACUGGACGGAUCAGAACCUGGACCAAACCAUUUGACUAUCAAAUUCCAGAUAGCACCUCCCGUGUUAUGGUGUACAUAGAGGCCAUCAUAGUGGGGCUGCUGGCAGCUGGAAUGCCUGCAUACUUUGCACUGGACCACACUCAAGACCGAGAGAUCAAGUGUCGUUCUACGCUGCGUAUUUCUGGCCUGCUACCAUCAGCCUAUUGGUGUGGCCAGGCGGCUGUGGACGUCCCUUUCUUCUACGUCAUCCUGUACUUCAUGACCAUUAUCCUCUUCUCCUUCCACACUGGAAACCUGCUCACCUUCAGCAACUUCACUGCUGUGGUUCUGUGUACUGUUGGCUUCGCUCCAGCUUUGAUCCUCUUAGCUUAUGUGUUUUCGUUUUGCUUUGCCAAAGGCCAGAGCAGCAGGGAUUUCUUCUCUGGCAUCUCUAUGAUGGUGUCUAUGGUGUCAGCCUCAGUGGUUCGGUUGGGGUUUGUGAGCGACCACCCUGGGCUGUUCAUAAUCCUGCACAACACCAUGUGUUUCAUCAGCCCUUUCUACGCUCUCACAGGCUGCGUCAACUGCAUUGCCAUGGCGACCUUCCUCCCCACUGUGUACAAGGAGCACUUCAUUUGGAACAGUCUGGUCAUCGCGGUUGUAGCUCCCUAUCUCCAUUGCCUCCUACUGCUUGCCCUGCUUCGGUGGCUUGAGAUCCGUUACGGAGGGAGGACUAUGAAAAGCAAUCAGUUUUGCAGGAUCUCAUGCAAGUCAAAGCCCAAAGUGGAGAAGAACCCAGAAGAAGGGAUGAACGAGGAUGAGGAUGUACAGAUGGAGAAGGCCAGGGUGAAGGAGGCCCUCACCUGCCACUCCUGUGAGGAGAAACCAGUGGUGGUUGUGAGUAACCUCAGGAAAUGGUACAAAAGCGAAAGAGAAGGUUUCUCUCUGAGGAAGACAAGAAAAGUCGCCACAAACAACGUCUCCUUCUGUGUUCGCAAAGGUGAGGUCCUGGGACUGUUGGGCCCCAACGGAGCAGGAAAGAGCACCAUCAUGCACAUGUUGUCAGGUGACACUGACCCCACAGCAGGCCAGGUGCUGUUAGGGGACUACAGUACAGAGUAUUGUCCAGUGGCCACACCUCUGGAGCAUGUGGGCUACUGUCCUCAGGUGAACCCUCUGUGGCCCAGAAUCACUUUGCAGGAGCACCUGGAGAUCUAUGCCGCCAUCAAGGGUCUGAGGGGCCAGGACGUACCAGGGAUCAUCAAACAGGUGGUGAAUGCCCUGGAGCUGAAGGAUCAUCUGGACAAACAAACUAAGAGCCUUUCAGCUGGAGUCAAGAGGAAGUUGUGCUUUGCCCUGAGUAUGAUUGGGAAUCCUCAGAUUGUCCUCCUGGAUGAGCCAUCAGCAGGGAUGGACCCCAAGUCUAAACAGCGCAUGUGGAGGGCCAUACGUGCUGCUUUCAAGAACCGCCAGCGGGGAGCCAUCCUCACCACACACUACAUGGAGGAGGCUGAGGCCGUGUGCGACCGCGUAGCUAUCCUAGUUUCCGGCCAGCUGAGAUGUAUUGGAUCCAUCCAACAUUUAAAAGGGAAAUACGGUCAAAGUUACAGCUUGGAGCUGAAACUCAGAGAGGAACUGACAGAGGUCCAGCAGGUGGCGCUGGUGCACAAAGAAAUCCUCCAAAUCUUCCCUCAUGCUGCCCGGCAGGAGAGCUUUGCUACUCUGAUGGUUUACAUGAUCCCCAUAGAAGAUGUGAAAUCGUUGGCCAAGGCGUUCUCUCAGUUAGAAAGUGCAAAGCAGACCUUCAACUUUGAGGAGUACAACUUCUCCCAAUCGACCUUAGAGCAGGUGUUUCUGAAGUUUGCCAAGGAGCAGGAGAAUGAGGAAGACGAGGUGGGCUCGCUCAGUACAACGUUCCAGUGGCAGCGGCUCCCCCAGGAUGGUUCAGCGUCAGCCGACCACACAGACAGCAUCGUGCACCAGUUGUGAAAGGCAGCAGGCUGGUGUCUGACCACCAUUGUCCGGUCCUGACCUGCCAGGCUGCGGCAGCUGAGGGCUCACGCCAGCACACAGCUGCUACACACAGACCUCCACCAUUACAUGAACAGGACAGACCUGGGUGGGGUUGUCACGGUUCCUUUCUGUGGGUGUGAGGUGUGCAUGCGUGUAACCCUCAUCCACCGGUGCUUUGGGUUUUCUGAGUCGUACUGAGAGAGGGGCCUGCAGAUUUUCUCGACACGCUGAUGCGACACCUACUCUUUUUUAAUGCUGUUUUUAAUCUUCACAGGGAGUCGGUAAAUGAAAACAUAUACAGUAUUUAUGCUUUGUAAUCCUUGCUGUUCGUUCUCCUCUGUGGAAGGCAUUACACUGUGUUUGCUCGUCUCUUCAGCUGUUUUUGUCUGCUGUGUUUGUGAAACUGUUUUUAAGCACUACCAGAACUGGGAUCCAUCCACAGUUGUACCAAAGCAGCACAUCUCUGAACCAUACAGCCUCACACAUCGACACUGAGAAGAAGUUUUUGUUUUUUGGUGUCAGUAGCAUGUGCAUAAAUAGUUUGCAUAAUAUUUCUGUCAUUGAUGUGGGGCAGUGGAAUUAACGCCUGUUUGCUAACACUGGAGAAGUGAUGCUCCAAGCUCUUCCCCCCUACUGUGCUUUUCUCAUCUGAGGCUGAAGAGCAGUGCCUUCUCCUCAGUUUACACCAGCAUGCAUGUCCUUGUCCAGACCCACACUUAAACAUUCUCCAGCACUGAGUGUUUUUGCAUGUACACUCAAGGAGGUUGAUUAUUUUGAAACGUGGCAGAUGUUUAUGGAAUGACGGUUUUGGAUAGAUGAUUUUUGCCCUGUGGCCUUGUUCUCUGCAGGAUUAGCUUUGAACUAGAACCCAUAGCUUGGGAAUGUAGUGUAGAUUAUUCACAUCAGUACAUGUAGCAUAUUGCCCUCAUCACACAUUAGCCAAGGCUGUUAACCUCAGACAUGGAUAGGUGGUGCUGGAGGUUCAGAUCCAGAUGGGGCUUGUUGAAACAUGCGUUGUUUCUCCUCCAGGUUUCAGGAAAAGUUUUGAUAACAGAUGUUGAAUGUACGUUUGUCCUCCAGUGAGAGGAGGGUUGUAACUCAGCAGUGACCCUGUGUGGAGCUCCUCUCGUCACUGUUUCACUACGAUGCCACUUUUAAUCGCGCAGCUGUGUUGUGUUGGCUAGGUCCAGCCUGUUGUGUGUGUGUGUGUGUGUGUGUGUAUAUAUUGUGUUGUAUAUACUGUAAUCACAUAUGCAUAAUCUAGUAUUUGUAUAAGCAGGUGUGUUGUUGGUGCAACACCUGUCAGCAAACCGAUAAAUUGUAAUUUUGUUAUAACAUUCAGGUGAAAUGAUGAGGUUCGAGGGGAAUUUAAUUGAAUUCAACAAAAUAAGCUACACAGAGGGAAGUGUUUGUUGCAGGGCGGUUAUAUCGGAUUUAAAUUGAACUGUCUGGUGUGUGAUUUGUUCACCUCCAGUAAAACGAGUAUCUUUUGAAUUUUGCUUGAAGUUGUCUACUUGCGAUAGAGCAUUCUUGGAGCAGAAGCUGGAGGCUUAUGUCAAAGAUGACCUAAAAUUCUUUUUAUUAUAAGUUACAGAAACUUACUUGAAUAAGAAUUUAUUUUCUGUCCAGAGCUCCAUCAUGUGUCUAACUCUGAUUCACCGACAUUUGGUGGUUUUUCAGUCCUAGACUAGGUGUUUGUGAUGACUUACCGUGAUGUUGUUUUGCGGUAGCUUCUACUUUGUUUUUAUGAUUUUAUCUGCGGUUUUGUUGUUGUUGUUGUUUAUGUUGUUGUUGUUGUUGUUUAUGUUGGUUUAGUUUUUUUUUUUUACUCCCAACACAUCAGUUACUGAGGCUGAGUAAGAGCUGAUUUACCAAGUUUAAUGAUCAUGUUUUAAAAAUUUGUGAGAAGGUGAACUGGAGGAAUGCUUCUCUCUUUUGUAAAUUUGAAAACUUUAUUUAAACUCAAGGUGAAAUGAAACGGUACAUUGGACAUGUUUGCAGGGAUGGGUGGGUUUUUGAGUUGUUCUGUGUAAACACUAUGUAUAUUUUCUCAAGUGCAAUGUAGGACUUAUGUUAACAAAGCAGUUUUUGAUCCUACUCCAGUGUGCGUGUUCUGUUUUGAUUAUCACUUUCAGUAACAUGUAGCCAUCCAAAUGCCAUCAGCUGGUUUACACUUCUCUUAUUUUGCCCUGGUUCCAGAAAAAAGUUCCAAGUACAGUAUUUCACAUGGGGAAAACCAAAAUGAUCUUUGACAUUGUGGAAAGUGAAGUGUUUGAAUAAUUGGUAUUGAAAGUGGAGCAGGUUUCAUUUGAUUUUCCUGGUGGUGGUAGAAUUGCACUAUUUCUGGGAAAUUUUAUAACCUUUCUUUAUAUUAUGCAAACUUUGUAUAAUUAUCUGUGCACUGAUUUUAUUUUUUAAAGACUCUGGUUUAGCUGUGUGCUGUAUUUUCCUCAUGUAUUCCCUGGUGUCUGGGUCGACACCUCCCCCUAAUGAACUCUGUGGCCUCUAUGUGACCUUUUCCUGAAUAAAUAUUAAUCCAAA